CGAAAUAUCAACACUAUCCACGUCCGGGCAGAGAACUGAGCCAGAACCGACCCUGAACCUGGACCUGAACCCAUCCUGAACCCAUCCUGACCUAUCUCGACGCUAUCCUAGGAUCUUUGCGCUGUUUGUAUGGUGCCUCACACCAGCAGUCUCGCGCGACUUGCAAUCUUUCCCUGUGUCUAGCAGCUCUACACACCCACUACAAUCCAGUACGCGCUCUUUUACUCUGCAGGCUUUCAGCUCCCUGCGGUAUUCUCUAUGGAGGUGGCAUGAUCAUUUCUCACCUGUCGGAGAGUUACUAGCCCAACCCUUACGAUUGGAUGCUCGAGGGUAGGUGGCGCGAAAGAUCCUCCAGCUGAAUCCAGCUCAACUCAGUUCCGGCUCUACCAAGUCGGUACCUUCUUGUGACCUACGGCAUCGGAGCAUAGUCUUUCAGCGGCUUGCUACGUUAUUACGAGGUCGUCCUGCCGGCAGGACGAUUAAAGGUCCAUGGCUCGCCUGGAGGAAAAAGAGUCUCCCAGCUUAACCGCGCUUCAAUCAAUCAGUCCUGGACGAGAUUCAGCCAUGGACAGCAUCCAGCCCCAUAGCAGUCCGGGGCAGACGGACAAGGCUGGAAACCUACGAUGGUCUCUUUUGCCAACGAAUAUUUAUUUGCGAGAUUUGACAGUUGCUGUACACUGGAGCGAGCCGGCUAAGCAGAGCACGGGUGUCUUUUCUCUUGUGUCACGCCAGCUCGCGCGCACGCGACUUGCUUCCAAAACCAUCCUCGAUGGUGUAUCUGCAGAUAUCGUUGCUGGGAGCCUUACAGCUAUCGUCGGCAGCUCCGGUUCUGGCAAGACAACCCUUCUCGACACAAUUUCCCGACGGGUCAAAACAAGUCGAAUCGAUGUUUCUGGCUCUGUGUACUACAACACAUCACUUCUAAGCUUCGAUAAGGGUAGCAAUGCUCACAUAGCCGUGCCAUACGCCUUGCAAGACGAUGUACUCUUGCCACAGUUGACGGUUCGCGAGACCCUUACGUACGCUGCCGCUUUGAGGCUGCCGUCUUCGGUGACACACAAAGAGAGAUCUCAGCGGGUCGACCAUGUCCUCGAAGAUCUCGGCCUUACACAGUGUACCAACACGAGGAUCGGGGACAGUCUGCACAAAGGUUGUAGCGGUGGUGAAAGACGACGAAUUACAGUUGCCAUACAAUUGCUCACAGACUCCUCGGUUCUGUUCCUGGACGAGCCUACAACCGGCUUGGAUGCUGCUGCUGCUUUUCAGCUUGUGAAGGUGCUAAGGCGCCUGGCCCAUAUGGGCAGGACCAUCGUUAUGACCAUACACCAACCUCGCUCGGAGAUGUGGGAGUUGAUAGACAAUUUAAUUGUUUUGACUCAGGGAAGAACCGCCUACUCAGGUUCUAGGGCUACGUGCCUCCAAUAUUUCGAGCAGGCUGGCCAUGAAAUUCCUUCGUUUGUCAAUCCCUUCGAGUUUGUCAUGGACAUAACUGCAAUCGACAGCCGAUCGCAUCAGCUUGAGUCCGUGUCAAGUGCACGUGCUGAUGCUCUGACACGUCUGUGGAAGCGGAAAUCUGCGCAGUUGUAUGCUUCCGAGCCUCAAGGGAUACUCGGCCAACCUGCGUGCGAUGCGACGGCUCUUCUCGAACGCUCCGAUCAUCGUGUUUCAAUCAUGCAACGGACAAUGGUCCUUACAAUCCGCACAUGGAAAGUGACUUGCCGCGACCGGCUAGGCGUCUUUGCGAGCAUCAUCGAGGCCAUAACCAUGGGAGUCGUGACGGGCUGGAUUUUCUAUGACGUCGGAAGCGAUCUUUCCGGGAUUCGUUCCAGAGAAGGAGCCAUGUGGUCAGCCGUCGGCCUUCAGGGCUACCUGGUGCUGAUCUUUGAGACAUAUCGACUUGCGAACGACAUCAAGGUGUUCGACCGAGAACGUCGGGAAGGUGUGUCUUCCGCAGCUGUAUUUGUAGCCAGCAGACGAAUGGCUCGAGCUCUUCUGGAGGAUAUUCCGGUUCCCUUGAUCUACUCAAUACUCCUGUACUUCAUGGCGGGUUUCCGCCACGAUGCAGAUCAAUUCUUGGUCUUCUUUGCCAUCGUCGUGAUGUUGCACUACGCCGCAGUCAAUGUGGCCACGAUAUGUGUUGCGUGUAGCCGCAAUUUCCAGAUAUCGUCGCUCAUUGCGAACAUGAUCUACACCGCCCAGUCGAUGGCUUGCGGCUUUUUCAUCAACACUUUGGAGAUCUCUAUCUGGUUGCGGUGGACGAAAUGGAUAUCUUACUUGUUCUAUGCAUUCGGUGCCUUGUGCGUCAAUGAGUUUGCAGGCCACGUUUACGAAUGCCCAAGCUCUGUCGGUGCAUUAGACUCUGCUGCCUGCAAGGAGUACGAUGGCGACUUCAUUUUACGGUCGCUGAAUAUACCUCAAACCUGGCUUAGGAGGAAGAUCCUUUGGAGGCCCAUCCUGGCUACGUUCGCUUAUACGGUGCUGUUUUUGUUCAUAGCAAUCCUUAUCCUCCACUCCAAACCCAACGAAGUCCAGGUUUCCCGAAAGGUCGGCACAGACAACGAUUACCUGGCGGAAAGAGUCCAGCUUGGUGACAAGCAGGCGAAGCGAAUGACCACCGUGACGUUGCAGCAGAUAUCGCUCGGUCUCGAGCAGACCCGGAUCUGGCGAAAGAAUACGUAUCGGCCGGUCUUGUCCAAUGCCUCAGCGGUUUUCCGACCGGGCGCUUUGAACGUCAUUCUCGGUCCUUCUGGGAGUGGGAAAAGCAGUUUGCUGAACUAUAUAUCCCGAAGAGUGCACGAUACAGCAACUACGAAAUGGCACCGAAGCGGAAAGAUGCUCUUCAAUGGUGCCAUUGUUUCGGGUGCCGCGCUCCGAUCUGCUUCCUCCUACGUCGUUCAGGACGAUGAAGGAUUGCUGGCUUCCCUGACCGUUCGCGAAACACUCCAUUAUGCCGCGCGUAUGCGACUCCCGAAGUGGAUGUCUGCAACAAAGCAAAUCGACCGUGCCGAAUCGCUCAUGGAAGACCUCGGUCUCAAGGACUGCGCCGAUACGAUGGUCGGUAACGAAUUGCGUCGAGGUAUAAGCGGCGGCGAGAGGAGGAGGCUGUCUAUCGCGAUCCAAAUCCUUGCCGAUCCUCUUGUCCUGUUUCUGGAUGAGCCGACUUCCGGACUAGACACGGUCAGCGCAGCCUCCACGAUUGACGUACUGCAAGGCCUCGCCAACGCAGGCCGCACUGUUAUUUUCACCAUUCACCAGCCUCGGUCGGAAUGGCUGAAACAAUUCGAAACGGUGCUUUUACUUGGGAAAGGAGGAGACGUCGCGUAUGUAGGACCGACGUCGUCCAUGCUGGACCACUUCCGGCAAAUGGGUCACGAAUGUCCUCAACAUCAGAAUCCAGCUGAUUUCGUACUUGACCUCGUCAGUCAAGAAUGUCCUCGCUCUGACGCCCAAGCCUCUAAGACAUCCACUCAGCCAAAGUCGAUGGCCGACAUUCAGACGGACCCCUGCGCACGUGCAUCGCCGACAAAAGCCCCAAACCCCUUGUUGACACAGAUUGAGACAGACCUGCCUUCGGUCCUGCUACCAGCCCACCUUGGCACAUAUGCCCGCGAGCCGCUCGGAUUCGGCCCUGCACUCUCUCUGCUUGUACGCAGGGAGCUCACCAACAUCACACGCCAACCGGUUCUAGCCAUGGGCCGAGUCUCACUCUUCGUCGGCGUCGCCCUCAUCCUCAUCUGCUACGGCACCCCACUCAAGCACGACUACUACUCCGUGCAAUCGCGCAUGGGCUGCGUCCAACAAGUCACGGCGCUGUACUUCGUCGGCAUGUUGAACGCCAUUGCACUGUACCCUCCCCAACGUGAACUGUUCUACCGCGAAGACGAGGACGACCUGUACUCUCUUGAAGCAUUUUUCGUCUCGUAUUCGAUCCUCGAGAUCCCGAUAGAGGUCUUGUCGGCCUUGUUUUUUGGAGUCAUCACCGUGCUAGGCGUCGGCUUUCCACGAACGCCGUCUCUGGUCUUCAUCUUCGCGUUCAACGCCUUCUGCGUCGUCAACUGUGGUGAGAGUCUGGCCAUCAUCCUGCUGACGUUCAUAUCGCAUGCCGGCCUGGCGGUCUCGCUGUGCUGCAUCUUGAUUUCCAUCAGCGUCCAUCUUACGGGCAUAAUCGCCAUAACGAUCCCCGGUUUUCUGGGUGGUCUGAAUUACAUCUCGCCACUCAAAUGGUUGAUCGGAAAUCUUACGCCUUACAGUCUUCAUGGAGUCACCUUCACUUGCACAGAGGCGCAGCGGUCGCCGAACGGUCGAUGUCCAAUCGAGACCGCGCAGCAGGUUCUGGAACUGUACCAGCAAGACCACAAUGCAUCCAUGUUUCUGGCAAUUCUGGCCGGCGUCACUGUGGGCUACAGGCUGUUGGCUUAUGUGGUGCUCAAAGCGCGGCGGACACGUUGGCGCGAGUUGUUUCACGAUCUAAGGCUGACUUCCGCGUACAGGACACUUUCGGCCUUGGUGAUGAUGAAACGUCCUGAGAAAUAG